GGUGGACACGGCGGCGGUUUUGGAGGAGGACAUGGCGGCGGAUUUGGUGGUGGCCACGGAGGUGGUGGAUACGGUGGUGGCGGCGGUGUAAUCAUCGAGCAUGGAGGACAUGGUGAUAGUGGUGGUGGAUUCGGCGGAGGUGGACAUGGAGGUGGAUACGGAGGAGGAGGAGGUGGCUACGGCGGUGGACACGGUGGCGGUUUUGGAGGUGGAUUUGGGGGAGGCGGAGGUGGUGAUCAUCACUUUGACUCCAGCGGCUAUGGCAAUAGUAUAUCGUCUGGUUUUGGCAGCAGUGGACAUGGCGGAAGCAGUUAUAGUUCCAGUGGUGGCUUGGAUUCCUAUUCAAGCGGUUAUGGUGGUGGCGGUGGCGGUGGAGGUCACGGUGGUGGCGGUGGAGGUUUCUCCGGUUACCACAAAAAGAAGAAGAAAUAAGAAUGAUCAUAUUGUAACCAAUAAUGUUGCGCAAAAUGUGCAACGGACAUAUCGGUAGCCGUGAUAUUUUUUUAUUGAUCGGUACAGCUACUGUCGCGAAUAUUCUUUAACGAUAAUCGCAAUGUCACCACUUUAAUUGUGAUUUAGCAAUCAUGUAAAUGUGAUAGACGAUAUUAGGUGAAGUGAACCGUAAUCAGCGCGUUAGAAAUUAUUUCCAUUCAUGAAAUCGAUUCAUGGUGAAAGAUAAUUUAAUAUCUUUUUGAUUUCUUCGAGCUUUGUUAUACUGUAAUUGUUUCUUUACGGGCUUGUGGUUGUUUUUAAUCAUUAAUUGUUGAUAGAUAAUACUGAAGACGAAAAUAUAUCGAAUACAAUUAUUUUAUAUUAAUUUUAUAGAAAACUCACAAACGGACGUAACUAAUGACGACGAACAAGACUAAUACUCAUAUCGCGAAAAUUUUACGUUUUUCGCGAAACCUCAGAACAUGGACGUGACGACUACAGACAUUAAAAAUAGUUUCUUGAACAUUUAGAUGUCGAAGAAAGUAAGUUAACAUUUUUGAUAUCGUAUUAUAGACUGCUAUUCAAAGAGACGACAACUGAACAAAUACGUUUGACAUGACGAUUUAUGACGAUUUCAUUUCUUAAAUUUUUAUGAACAAAUCAAUCGAUAAAUUGUUGAUAGACGAUAACUCAUUUAACUAAUUUACGCGAUGAAUUAAUGACGGUAUACGUAUAAAAUUGCAGGAAUACGUUACAUAAUAUUAGUUGACGAUACUUGAGCUCGCUUACCUUAAAUCGCGACUUUCUGAGGGCACGUGAUUUUAAAAUAUUAAAUUAUUCAUUUUAAUGUCGAUAAAAAUUUUAGAAAUGAAUAAUUGUGUAUAAGAAUAUCUAUAGAAAUAUGUAACGUGAGUUAAAAAAUGGUCUAUAAGGAAAAUUAUGAAGCAAUUAGCCAGUUUGUGAUACCAAUCGAGUGCACAUCGUCAUAAUUUAUAAUUUUGUGACCGUGUUCAUAUAUUUUUAUACCUUAUUGUUAAAUUUGGCAUCUUAAUUUAAAUUCUCAUGUGCCUCGCUCACCUUAGCAAUUAGUGUCCCGUAAAAAUGCAACUGCGAUUCACUGAUUCGAAUGUAUACACAAAGUAACAUGUUAUAUAUAUUUGUAUAUAAUAUAUUUUGUAAAUAGAAUAUUUUAUAUGUAUGGUGUUAUCUCCAAUAAAAUUUUUGUACAUUUUUAAUAUGCUGUUUUAUCUUCCCUUCAAAGGAAUCGACGAAAUUAAUUAGUUUGUUUCUAGAAUUAUGUAUGAAUAUGUAUAAUGUCAUAUCUAAACUAAAAAAAUAUAAAAAGUUUCUUGAAUGGAUUAAUAGUUUGGAGAAAACGUUUGAAAUUCCUGAGUGAAUAGUUUAAAUAACUUCUUGUUAUCGUUUCUUAUUUAGUUUCUAUAUGAUUUAAUAUGGUUUAGAUUCUACACGAUUCUAUAUAAAAGAAAAUGUGAUAGUAAAUAAAAUAAAUAAAGCAUUCCGCCUCUGACAAUAUUCAAUCCGUGAUGCUUGCAUUUCUGGUAACUAAACAUGACUGAUAAUCAUACAUCGGCUAUAUAAACGUCCUGCACUGAUAUAAAAGAACAUUUAUUUAACGCGAUAAUGUACUUAAUAUUUCAAAACUUCAAUUUUAUUAAAUAUUAUUCUAUAAUAACACGAUCGUACGUGAAUGCAUAAAAUGUUUCAAUACAUCACAGGAUUAUCCAGAUAUAAUAUCCGGACACAUGUGUCCUGUCAUUUUAACAAAGGAUUUCACUUAAGAAUAUAUUCGAUGCAAAGUUAUUCUUCAAACUGGCAAAAAAGCAAUUAAUUGAAGUAAAAGUAAGCUUUUUCUCAAAUAAGUUAUAUCGAAAGCAUCAAUCUUACUUUCAGAAUAACCUUCCUUCUCAUACAAGACGCACCGCUACAUUAAUUAAUUCGCAUUCGUGUAGCGGGGAGUAAUAAUCAUUUGGUGCACAAUGUAUGUGUUGAAUAUAAAUUUCACUUCCUAAUAAGUGCUCAUUUACCGAAGCGCUUCAAUCAUCAACAUCUGUUAACGUCACAAUAAAGUCCAUAUUUAUGAGAUCGUAAAGACGCGUCGGAUUAGUUCGAAAUGGAAAGUAACCGGAAAGUGAAAGAACCAAUCGUGUGAUAAACGAGGCGC